AUGGUGAAGAAGGAGAAGAAACAGAGUAGAUCUCAAUCUUCUACCGAGAAGAAAACUCUUGAACCCAAGCUUCUCUCCAUUUUCAGUUCUAAGUUGGCAAGUGGUAAAGACAUGAAGCAUAUGUUGAGAGGCAUGAGUAGUAAACCCGCCCCCGGACUGUCUUGUCAGUCUAGAGUCGUGAGAUGUCCCAAGUGCCACAAGCUUCUCCAAGCACCUGUAGAUGUGACUAUUUACACAUGCAGUGAAUGCCACUCGAUUCCCCAAGCGAAACGUUUGGAACAGGAAAACAAUGAUAAAUCUAUUCCUCCAGAGGAUCACCUCCUUCCUUGUCAAAACCGCAGCUUAACUCCAGUUAGAAGCACUUACCGAAAGUACAGCUCGAGGGCAUCAUCAUCACCUUGUUUUGAAAGGGGUGAUGCUUUUGCUUCAGCGAGAAGCUGCUCCGGUGUAGUUAAGUUAUCUAUUACAAAGAAAGAAGAUGCUACUACUACUACUCUCUUUGAUUUACUUAGACUUGUGGAUUCCGGCACAAGUUUUGCUGAAGCGACUGUUGUUAUAGAUAGUCACAUCUCGAGUUCUUCAGACAAGGGCUCUGGAGACAGAAUCACUGAUGCUGUUAACCUGGAAACGAAGGGGAUUAAAGAAAGAGACACAAGGAGGAGCAUAUCAAGCGAAUUUUAUGAUUUGAAACUGGAGGCGUUUCAGCCUGCGUCAAGUGUGAAUACUAGGAAAGAAUCUGCACAAGGUGGUGGUGGUGGUAGUGGUAGUAUUACUCCAGUGAUAAGUAAUUACCGAAAGUACAGUUCGAGGGCAUCACCACCUUUGUUUGAAAGAGGUUAUCAUUCAGAAAAUGCAUCUUAUAUCCUCAGAGAAUGGAUGACAAGUGCUACUCCUUCCCCUUCUUCUUAUGGCUACACUAGUAGUCCCUUUCACGGGUCUUCUGCUGCUGCUUCGCCUGCUCGUUUCCAAUGUGAGACAUCUGAUCAAAAGUACUAUCACCGGUCUUCUCAGCAGUCUCGGAUGCAUGUUUCUCAGUUAUCUAUUACAAAGAAAGAAGAUAUUGCUCUCCUUGAUUUACUUAGAUUUGUGGAUUUUGCUGAGGAUUCAGCUUCAGAUAGUCAUCAUUCAGACAAGGGCUCCGGAGAUAGAGUCUGCGAUGCUGUUAUGUGGGAAACAUUUGAGGAGGAUAAAGGGAUUAAAGAAGAGAUAAGGAGCAUAUCAAGCAAAUUUAUAGAUUUGACGUUUCAGCGUCAGUGGAACCACAAGUUAAGGGCUCAAGCAUCACUUCUUGGAGAUGGAGGAUCAGGAGAGAUCCAUGAGGAGCAGUCCAAGCAUGAGUAUGAGAACAUAAGCAAAAGACAAGAGUUGUUGGAAGAGAGAGCGGGGUUGCACUUGGAGGAAUAUGAAACCAACUAUGAGAAUAACUACAGCAACGCAUUUGAAUGGAUGACUCCAACAUUUCAUGUGCCUGAGUAUGAGCCAGAUGAGGAGGAGCCUUGGCUAGUGGAUGAUAACAAAACCAAAGAGCUACAAGUUGUUGGUGUAGUGGUGGAAGAUGGACCAUCAUUGCACUUUGACAAGUGCGGAUAUGAAUCAGAAAACACACCAACAUCUGAGAAAGAGAAUGAGAAGUCAGGACGAACCUCUGAGGUUGUGGGUCGGCGUCAUGCGUUAUAUCAAACGCAAACUUCACCUCUUAGUACACUACCAAUUGAUACUCCCAUUGGUUCCCCACGGCAUAUCCUGAUGCGUUCACCAAUGCAUUCCCACAUAGUUUCACCACUGCGUUCUCCCACCAACUCAUCUGGAUCACUCUCUGAUGUAUUGUCCUUGGCAAAGUGGCUUCAGUUAAAAGUUAAGAAACUAGAGGAGGAGAACGACGGACAUGAUGGAGACGAUAGACCAGAUCUGGUGGAAGACGGCUCUAAGGCAGUUAGAUCGAUCAACGACGAAACAGAGCCGACGAGGCUAAACCGAGAAACGUCUAACUCGACAGCCUCCGUCGGUAAAAUCGCUGAUCACGAGCGAUUAAGCGGGGAUAAUUCGAAAAAUCCAGAUCCCGAUCAUAUGGCGGCGACGGAGGAGGAAGAAGGAACGAUUAGUAGAAGAUCCGGAAUGAGUCAGUCCGUCGAGUUGGGGGAGUCGGGAACGUCCACAGUUAAUCGGAAGAGGAAAGGACAUGAUGCUCUCACCAAUUCGGAGAUACUCGUCAACCGCAUCAGCUGCAGAACCAUAAGCAAGCUGACGAAUUGUUGCCGUACAUUUUUGAAGCGGUGUAUGACCAAACCUCCCGGUUGCAUCUUGUCUGUAUUGAAAGAACGGAAUGUUCUCUGA